CAAAGGCGCAUGGGGAUCGAAAUACGGGCGAAAAAGAGGGGAAGCGAGUCGUGUGGGAUAAAUUAUGAGAACCCUGCCUGCAGUUCGAAGCGGGAAUCAACAAUAAACAAGAACUGUCGAGGAGGGCAUGCAUCGAUGUAUCCGUGACACAUUACCCACCCUCCAGUCUGUCUAAUUUGUAAAUGUUUGUAACUAUUUGAAAAAGUAGUAUACCGAAACCGAAUCUCCCACCAGUGUCAUGUGGUCGUACAGUUGUACAACAAAGUUCUCACUUCCCCACCUAUUCCCAUUCCUACCAUUCCCUGCGUUCAAUCAAGCAUGGUCUCACGAGUGUACAAUCAAGGUGCGUUUCCUUGAGAUUCUGUUAAUCGUUAAUAACAGGAAUCUGUAUUAGAAGUCUUAAUCUCGCGUUCUCAUCUCGAAUUAUAAACGAAUACAAGGAACGAAGUAGAAAUUAUGUACAGUUAAAGAAUAUCUCAGAGUAUAUUUAUAUGUAUACAUAUUAUAUACGGUAAUGAAAAUACAUUUCUGUUCUGUUUUUUUAAUUGUAAUAUAUAAUUUUCAAUCGGACGAGAAGACAGUUUAUUAAACGUAUGUAUGAGAUGAAGAGUAGUAGAGGGUUGCAUUGUGCCCGGUUUCCAGAGCAGCUGGUAGCGGUGGCGUAUGGAUGUACAGAUGAGAGCGAUUGCGAGAUCUAGCCGUGUCGGUGUCGCGGGGUCACGUGACUCCGCGCUCAGACAGUUAUUUUUUUAGGCAUGAUGGCGCCAAACAGCAGUAUCCACAUUAAUGUAAAUAUAAUAUCGAUUCGGUGUACCGCGCGAGGAAGAAAGGCAUUGGGUGUCCUUACGGAGGCUAUUUGAGGGCGUCGAGCGAGCUCGACAGCAGCCCUCGGCCCACGAACUCCGAGAGGAAUCCGCUUUCUAGAUAAUAAAUACAUGGACGACUAUGUAGGUGCGCGCGGCUCACCUGCACGUGCCACGUACCGCUAGCUCACUUGGUAUAGUAGAAUGGCACAGCGAGGCAAACGAAUAAAUAGAAACGACAAUGAUUUGGCGUCUUGCCCAGGCGCAAUCAAAAGGCGCAAAUGUAGGCUGGGUCCAGCGACGUGUUCGUCGUCGCUGGCAGCUACCAUGGGGCCCUCAGAAGAGGAGGAGACGAUGGCGUCGUCCAGUCAAGGAGGGGCAUCCUGGACCCCCAGACCCCUCAGCGACAUCAAGAUCUCUAGUAUAUAUAAUCGCUCCUCUGCUGAGGCUCCCGCAGAACUGUUUCGUAAGGAUUUGAUCAGCGCGAUGAAAUUACCUGAUAGUGAGCCAUUAAGUCCCAAUGAAUAUUGGGUCAUUACUGAUCAAUGGAAACAAGAAUGGGAGAGAGGCGUUCAAGUACCCGUUAAUCCAGACUCUCUUCCUGAACCGACGGUCACUAUCACUCAAGCAACACCCAUAAAGCAGCACAGUGAAUUUAAACUACCGAAAAAGUUUGUAAGAAUAUCUCGCGAUGAUUAUUUCAACCCCGAAGAUCACCAUUUAAGCACAACACCGGCACGAGCAGAGAAAGCUUGUGCUUACGAUCUUGACGACACCGAUAUUGCGUGGUUAGAUGUGUUAAAUGGCGAACGUGCACAGGCUGGUCAAUUGCCCAUCACAGAGUCGCAGUUAGAAAGGGUGAUAGAAGAGCUCGAAGUUCGUUGUUGGGAAAGAAUACAGACUAUCGUAAAAAAUGAAGAAGGUCUUGGCAUUGAAUACGAUGAAAACGUGAUCUGCGAUGUUUGCAGAUCUCCGGACUCCGAGGAAGGAAAUGAGAUGGUGUUCUGUGAUUGUUGUAAUAUAUGCGUGCAUCAAGCGUGUUACGGGAUUACUUCAAUACCAGACGGUUCCUGGCUAUGCAGAACUUGUUCUCUAAGUCAACGACCGGAUUGUGUUCUUUGUCCUAACAAAGGAGGUGCUAUGAAAUGCACUCGUAGCGGCCAAAAGUGGGCCCACGUAUCUUGUGCUCUAUGGAUCCCAGAAGUCAGUAUUGGCUGCGUCGAACGAAUGGAGCCUAUCACGAAAAUAUCCAGCAUUCCGCAAAGUCGAUGGGCUUUAAUAUGCGUACUGUGUCGGGAAAGGGUCGGUGCUUGCAUCCAGUGCAGUAUAAAGACAUGUAAAACAGCUUAUCAUGUAACGUGUGCCUUCAAAUACGGCUUAGAGAUGAAGGCAAUCAUCGAAGAUGAAAUGGCUGACGAUGGAGUAAAAUUGAGGUCUUACUGUCAGAAACAUAGUAGGACGAAUACGAAAGAUAAAGUCCAAGGUCCUGGAGGUAGUAUAGGAAGCGGUGCUGACAAAGCAGGAUCGGAUUCCGAGGACGCGGAAUCUAGACGGCGCAAGAGAAAAGAUAUGACAUCCGAGGAGAAGAAUCAAGCACGCGCUGCGAAACUGCAAGAGAUCGAAGCGGAAUUCGACAAACACGUGAGUUUAAAGGAUAUCGCUUCGCAGCAGUUGGACGUCGAUCCCGAUAGCAUUGUUUACAUAUACAACUAUUGGAAACUGAAAAGAAGAGCUGGACAUAAUAAACCGUUGUUGGCACCGCGUUGCGGAGAACUUUCCGGCAGUGGUUCGCGCAAUCAAGGGCAGGCCGCGGAUCUUGAGAAGAUGAGGACGUUCGUGCAAUUACGCCAGGACUUAGAGAGGGUCCGGAACCUGUGCUACAUGGUCGGCAGGAGGGAGAAGCUUUGUCGAUCUUUCUUGAGAUUACGAGAGCAAACCUUCCAUAAGCAAGCUUUGGUGAUGUCGGGACCGCCGUUGCCACCGGCAGCAGCCGCCGCUGUGCUCGAAGCCAAUCAUGGGCCUUCGAUCUACGAUCGAUUGUAUUCCCAUCCCGAGUCGGAGGAUCACACUCACGACUUCGAUACGAUCGUCGCCAGGAUCGCUGGCAUAGACUCACCGACCAGUGACGAGAAAAAGACUCAGCAACAUCAGCCGCAGCAACAGCAGCAGCAGCAGCAACAGGACUUCAAUGGUGCCUCUAGUAAAAAAUUAUACUUCAACGGCUCCGUGCGAAGAAAGAAUCUCUACGGCAGUGACCUGUCGUCUGUCAGUAGUAGCGAGACGGACGCGACGAAGGCGAAAACAUCUCAGAAGUCCAAGAGCCAGAAGCUGGACAGCGACUCGAGCACGGAGGAGGAAACCAGCGUUCCCUCUACGAAAACUAAGCUGCCUCAGAGAAAGACUAAGAAGACUGGCCAGUCGGCGGACAAGUUGCACUCGGCGCUUAGGGAUAACAGUGAAAGUGACAAACUUGUGAACAGUAGAUCGCAUACGCUAGAACAUAUGGAGAAGGAGCUGGGAAGUGCGAGUGGUAGUGAAAGUGACGAACUGUUGACAUUGAGCGGUGGUGCGACGAAACAUCUCGCAGCCUCGGCCAUUUAUUCGGACACAGACUCCGAUUCCCAAGAGCACGCGUCUCAUUCCGCGGUGUUAAUCACGAAAGCAGCCGUGAAGGAGUUCUCCGCUGCGAAUCUAUCGAAAAAUUCGCAGAAGAGUUUCGCCAAAGAAUCGAGACACGCCGAGUCGGUGUAUCAUAACACAGGAUCGAAGAACAAAGAGAAUCAAAGCAAGCCUACCGUUAAAAAGAAAGAAUACAUACCUUCGGCUCUGAUCGUUCCGCAGAGACAAGCCGCGAAGAAGGCUUCGGAGAUCAUGCAGCGUACGCAGCAGGGCAAGAAAGAUAACGCAGUUCCUGAUUCUACGCCAGAAGUAGUAAAAUCGCCAACCGAGGAACUACCAAAGUGUUCCUCUUCGAAGCAAUCAAAAGAGAAGAGUCCUAGUAAGAAGCAGAGAGAGAAUAAACAGUCGAAAGAAACGAAAAAUAACGACGUGUACGAUUUCGAUAAAGAUUUCGGGGAUGGAACAGAGAUUCUGGCAUACGUGCCGCAGAGGCAAGCUGCGAAGAAAGCAGCGGAGCAUAUAAAAAGCGGCAUGGGUACCAAAACUACGCAGCAGAUCGAGCAAGAAGCGUUGGACGCGCGAACGAAAAAGGAAUCGCCGGAGAUCGGGAAAAGAAAGGAAGUCAGGAAGGAUGAUUCUUCCAGAAAAGAGGAAUUAUCGCGGAAAGAAGAACUGUCCUCCUCUUCGUCGUCGUCUUCAUCCUCCUCUUCAUCCUCGUCGUCAUCGUCAUCUUCUUCAUCGUCAUCCUCUUCGUCCUCUAGAAAAGAAGAACAUCUAUCCAGGAAAGAAGAACUCGUUUCGAAGAAAGAGGAAUCGUCUUCUAGAAAAGAGGAGAUCCUUUUGAAAGACAGCCGCUUGAGAAGACCUAAGAAACCGAGCGAACGGAAGUCAAUGUUUUCUAGUAACAGUGACACUAGUAGCAGUAGUAACAGCUGUAGUAGCUCAUCUGAAAGUAGCAGCGAUUCUGAGAACGUAGAGCGUAGAAAAUUCUCGCACGAGAUGAUCAAUGUUUCUUCGUCGACCUCUUCCUCCGAGAGCGACACGGUCAAUAGAACGAAGAGUAAGACGAUCACGGUGGGUCCAUCAGCGGCGAACAGAAAGCAGCAGUCGAAUAAAAUGUCACCGGAAAGACAGGAAGCUGAGAGGAAACCGGUCUCAGGGCGGAAACUCAAGAAGCUGCCCGAGAAGAAGCUUAAAACUUCCGACGGGCGGCGGGGACCUGAGUUUCAGCCGCCUACUGAGAGAGAGGAACCUCGUAGAGUCUCCAAAGAUCAGCAGCAGCAGCAGGAACAGCAGCAGUCACAGCAACCGGAAGCAACAGUCAAGAAGCAGGAUCAAAGAGACAGCAAUAAAAAGCAAUCAACAGCCGCAGAGGGAGCAGAGGUUGAUGAGGAUCUGCUCGUUGGGUCUGGAGAUCAUGAUGGGCCGAGAAGUGUUUCUGGGUCCAGGCCUGCCAAAAAGUCGGGUCAAACUGGUAAACAGCAGCCUUUAUCCCGAAAAGAAGAUAAGAAGGCUAAAUCCGAAAGUAGGAAGCGAAAACCGAACGAGUCAGUCGCGAAGGAUGAGAAGAGUGGGAAGGAGGCGGUUAAGAAAUCGGAGAAACGGUUGAACGACAAGCAGCCCGUUAAAGAACCAGAGAAGAAAGACGAGGAGGAGGAUAAAAAGGAGGAACAAAAGACUGUUGACGAAGAAAAAGUAAACGUAUUGACAGAAAACUCUCCGAAGAGUGAGGAUAAGAAAAUCAAAAAGGUCGGAAACAGGGACGUGAUCAAUACGUUAGAAGAAGAGAUGAAACAGCGUAGAGCGGAGAGAGACAGCCCAAAGAAGUCUGUGAGAGGUUUGGAUAAAUUGUUGGAAAAACGUGAACACCACGAUAAGAUGUCUAGAAGUAAAAACUUGGAGGUGAAGACCGAGAAAGUUGUUUGCAACGAAGAGAAGGAAGAGAAAGCAUCUGUAGACGACAGUAGACAGCUGAUAAAGGAGGCGGUGAAGAACGAGGAUCGUAAGAAUCAUAUUAACGAGAGCGACGUUGCUAUUGAAAAACCGAAGCCAGAGGAACAAAUGGAAGAAGAAUCGAUGAAGAAGGACGUUGCCGAAGUACCGCAGGCUUUACUGAUAGUUGAAAGAAAAAAGACAGAAAGGAAUGUCGGAAAGAUUCUAGAUAAUACCAUCGAGCCACAAAUUGUUGGUGCACAGAGUAUCGAGCCGCAAACUGCUUGCAUAGAGGAGAACAUUCGAAAAGACAGCGAAGACGAUAAUGUGAAAUCAAUUGGUUUGGAGAGAGUCGAGAAUUUCGAGAAGGAGCAUCAGAAACGGCGAAAGUCUGCGAACAGGUCGAUCUUCUCACCGCAACAUGGUAAAGAUCCAAGCGUCUCAGAAUUGUUUGAUUUCGAUCAAGAUAUGUUAACGGAAGAGAUAGCGAACGAGGAUGGAUUCGGUAUAUCAAGGGACGCGGAGGAGCGAGGGGUUCCGCUAAGUUUCUCGUUCAACAACGAGUUGUGGUUCAAGGAAGAUUCUAAAGAAGAUAGCGCUAGAGAAACGUUGCAUCUCGUUGAGAAAUUGCGUAUGGAACUCUCGAAAAAAUCAAAUUCUAGUCAGUUCGAAUUAGAGACAGUACCUGUAGAUGGUGAAAUUAAAAAGGAGGAACCAUCGAUAGAAAAGACGAUCGAGCAGCAACAGCAACACGAACAGCAGUCACAGUCGCAACAACUUCAACCGCAACAAUCGCAGCAACAGAUCCAACAGCAACUCGUUCAACAGCCAGAGAAAGAGACGAAAAUUAUUGAACCUACCGUAGAACCGGUGUUGAGCGUAAAGAGCGUAGAGAUUCCUGAAGAAGAGGUAGCUAAUAACGAAGCCCGUCCCAGUAGCUGUAAAAGCACAGUCGAAGAGAAGAGGAAAACUUGUUACUCGAACGAAAACGAUAGGUACACGGUCUACGAGGAGGAUCGUGAAGCAAACAAAGUCAGCGUGGUGGAACGAUCAAAGCUCGAUCGAGCAGAGACUGACGAGAGAUGGGUCCCACCGAGUAUUAAUAGUUUCGAACCUAGUAAUGUGCAACACUUGAACGCUUUGAUAGAAACGCAGAAUCAUCGAUACGGCAAUCAUCAAUUCCCUAACGAAUCUAUUCCAGAAAACGAAUCUAUCGCGCGUACUCAUUUAAACGCUCCAAGUAUACAGGAACAAUAUUUAUUGCAGCAACCGCAUUCGAUUCUUCACGGACAGCAGGAACCUCACGAGAGAACGAUGCUCGAUCAACAAAUGCCCGAAGAGAACCCCAUGGAAAUGGUCAACAGACAUUUAAUUGGAUUGCCAUCGUCGGAGGAUGAUCAGGCAGCCGAGAUAAUGGACAGAGUGCUCGACAAAGAGGACGACGUCGUCAGACAGCAAGACUACGAUCAGAAUUCUCCUUACAACGACUUGAACGGACGCCCGGACACGAGAUGGGCGGAAAGUCAAGUCCUGCCUUCUCGUCGGUCUACAUCUUCUUCGAUCACUUCUGCUUCCUCCGCCGAAGACCAUUCCAUUCCACCGUACAAGAAUGUAGCUGGCAUUCCAUUUCCCCCAUGCUCCAUGGAGGCAACGUACUACGCGGAUUCGAGUUAUGGCACCGGACCAGUCAGUUUAUUUCCUCCACAAUCUUGCGCGGCACCGUUACCUUAUCCUUCGCCUGGGCCGGCUCUCUUCCCACCGCAAUUCGGAGCAGCCUUUCCAGGAGCGCAGUCAUUAUUGCCGCACGUAAAACCGCUAGAAGAUUCGUUGAAUCUACAAGCUUCGCCAUGUACCGCAGCGUUCACGUCUUCCUCGCACAACAUGGCUCUGACCGCGGCUAUGGUCUCCCCUACGAAAAUAGGCACGCCACCGCCGCCGCCGCCGCCUCCGCCACCCCCGCAAGUCACCGCACCGCCAGAAACGAUCGAGAGGACGCAACAGCAAUUGCAAACGCAGGUAGUCAAUUCGCCUUCGUUGCCAGUGAAUUUCUUAAACACGGCACCGGAGAGUCACGCGAGCGAUCCUGUCGUUGAGAAUCUUCAAGAAACUCUUACGGACGGCAAGAGCCAACAUUCUGGGAAAAAGUCGCCGUCUAAGCCUACGAGAACCUCUGCGCGAGUAACGUCGCUGCAAGGGAAAUCUCCCGGGAAAUCACCGAGACAGGAGGCUCAGAAGGGCGUGUCCGGAGCUCGGGGACGCGGCAGGGGUGGCAAGAAUUCGGCGCAGUCCGGUUACAGAGGACGCGGACGCGGACGGGGCAGAGGUCGAGGUCGAAGCGGGCAAAACGCAGGCAUUCCGUUGGUUCCCGGUGUUGGCGUCAUUCAUCAACACGACGACUCGAUUCAGAAUAAGUUAAUAGGCACGGUGUACGAUUUCGAUUCUGAUGAAGAUUCCACCAACGAGACUAACAUCGCCGACCUUCGCACUAUGAGAGAGCGGAAGAAAUCGACGGAUGCUGCCGGUGUCGAGAGGAGAGACUCCACGGUCAUUGCUUCCGGGGAGAGUGUUCAGUCGAGACUAUCCAGUCCAGCAGGCGCUAGGAAGUAUUUAGAAGACAGGAGGCACUCCGGUUCUCCGAGCCACGACGAUUCAACUGUCGUAGAAAGACAGUCGAACGCCGGACAGAGCUUCGACACCGUCCUACCGCUUAUUCCCGGUCCCGUCGACAUGCGAACGUACAACUCCACCCUCGACGCGUCCAGCUCUUCCACGUUGCACGGUCAGACGUACGAAAACCAUUUCCUAGGCACGUUCACCGGUGUCUCUACGAACGAUCCUGCUCUUCCGGACAUCGAAGAAGACCUCGAGAAAGAACUGAGGUCCGCGUUGAUAGGCAAGCAGAGUCAAGAAGACUGUUCGAAGCCGAGCUUCGACGCGAGCAUCGAUGCAUCGUCUUCUGGUUUCACGGAGGCGAACAAAGUCUCAUUGACAGACUCUAGGAAUCAGUUGAAAGUUAAAAUUAAAGGUCCUUUCCUGGACGCGAAUUACGUUCCGGCUCCGGUACCACCACUUGCUCAACAGGCACCUGUAAUAAUCGCACCAGCUGCUACCAGUGCUUCCGUCGCUUCUGGAACCUCGAACCUUAGACGAAUGCGAAAGAAGGAGUUGUUGAGACAGUACUGUUCUCAGGAUAUGAACAUGGACGAACCGGGUGGCAACCUUACUACGUCGGCGCCGAUUAUCAUGCCACCGAUUAAUCGGACAGUGAUCACGAUACCGAAAGCAGUGGCUUCGAUGACUAGUAUACCUACCAGGGAAGAUUACAAAGCGGUGGUCGAUGCGAACACGGAGAAGAAAAGACGGAAAGAGAGACCAGCCGGGUUUUUGGACGGUAACGAAGACGACAGGAGGCGGGGCAGCGCUACCAACGGUGCUAGUUCCAGUGGCAACACUCCGGUCGGGAACGUGGACCGUAAAAGAGGAAGGCAGAGCGGCGGUGGUAAAUCGACGAACACUACCACCACGACGACAACCACGAACAGUGGCCCACCGAAGCUGAAGAUCAAGAUUGGCAAUAGCAUAAUUGGUGGCCCGGAGAGCGGCCAAGACGACAGGACGAGAAUAAGACCGCCAAAGAAACGGUUGAGCAGUAUUCCUAGCAGUACACCGAGCAUCGAAGAACUGAAAAGGGAGAGUAUGAAGUUCAGGCGUAUGAUCAUGGCCGGUUUCGAUAACGAUGAAAAAUUGAGAGUUAAGAGUAAAAAGGAUAAGAACGGAAAGCGGAAGAAACGGCAGUCGAGUAGGAAGGAAGCCAGAGUACGAAUCCUCGAGGGUGGUACUGCCCCACCGAAAUUGAUCAUCAGGCUGGGCAAGGGCAACGACUCUCCGGAUGAAUUACCGAUCUUGGUCACAGACGAGGAAGAGGAGGAGGAAGAGGAACGAAAUCCUGCUGACAGCAGGGUAGGUCCUCCACCUCCGGAACCGGCCAAGGACGAGCCUGCCUAUCCAACGGUAACCGCUAAUAUCGAAGAGAAACAACCUACCGACCCGGACAGCGGCGGUACCGCGCCGAGGAACGUUCGUUCGGCCAAGGUUACGCCGAUUAGAUUAAAAUUGACGCGUUGCCAGGAGGGCUACGAGCUGAAAGGCUCACCGGUCCACGGCGAGGAGUCUAGUUUAACGACGGAGAAACCGCCAAGUCCCGAAGUAUCGCACGAGGAAACGAGAAAUCCACCGGUAAAAAGUCAAGAGGAAGAGUCCUCCAGGGAGGAGGAGGAGGACGACGAAGAGGAGAACAAUAGUUCUGUGCAGAGGGACUCCGCCGCGUGUCCUGCAGCGACAAGUAUACCACAGGGAUGUCAAGUUAGGUGAUAAUUAAUGAUACUCGUGGAGUAAAUGGAGCAGAGGACGCAAACACACGAAUAAACACGGUGCUCGUACGAUAUUUACGGUCGGUCGAGAAAAUGGACUCGAUACACGCUUGCAGUUGCUAACUGUGAUUUCACGUUGCUGUGAUAAGGUGAAGAAACCGUUCCGGCGAGACACGGUCCAAAAUGAUCGAGGUACCGCAUAUUCUUAUACAAGCAAAAUCAUUCUACCAUAUUUGUUGCAGUGUAUCGUUGGCUUAGUGGGAAUCUGAGGGGAAUACGGAUGGAUAACUUAACUCUAUCGGUAGAUGCAUUAAAUCAGGCCAAACAUUACUAAAUUAAGUGUUACUUUAUAACAAUAGAACGAGAUUAAUAAUCAAAUCAUUUUUGAUUAAACAUUUUUGUUUUGCAGAUAUUUCCGUGUAGGUUCGAGAUUAUCAAUAGGAAGUUAAUACUGAAUAAGAAUAUUCACGGUUGGUAAAUACCGGACGUACGAACGUUUUUUCACAGUUCCCACUAAGCCUGUGAUAUAGCCAUACGAUAACGCCUUUCGAUAAACGACAUUUUUACUAUUUCGUGUAAAAAUUUACAAAAUUGUACGUAAGAAAUAUAUUUCCACUUCGUUCUCAUGACAAUAUUUACAGUACAUUGGUCUCUUUUUUUUUUUAAUUUUUAUUUUCUUAUUCUUGUGGUGAUUAUUUUACAUAUACAAUGAUUAAUCCUUGUUUCAAUUAUUAACCAUUUUCUUUAUAAACUGCACCUUCUCACGGCAACAGAAACACGAAACAAAAACGGUCGUUUCGACGCGAGGAACAGGGUGGUCGCAACUCCUAAAAGAUAUGCUCGUUUCGGACAUUCUUCAACGGACGUUCUCCGGCGUUAAGCGAGAAGGGAUCUAAGUGUGCUCCUCGAGAAACGAAAUAAUCCAGUUUUAUUCUUAAACGCAAAUACUCGAGAAACGGGAAAGGGCGUGCCAUUUCGCGGCGGCGAUGAGAUAUCCAUGUUUUUCCUCGUAAAAAAAAAAAGAGAACAGAUCGAGAGGAACGGUCGAGGCCGUGUACGAACAUCUCACGACUCUUACCGUGAAAUUCGACGACGUUUUGGAAAAAUCAAUCGUCUCGCCUGAUUUAGAAAUAUUGAAAGGAACUGCGUGCGCGUAAACGCAUAACUAAACGUCGUGGAAAAGCAAGAGAACAGGAACGAAAAAGAGGAAGCAAUCAGAAAAGAUGGGAGGAUUUUUGAGAUUAUUUCGUACACGGCCUCGUCAUCACCUUCGCAGUAAGAACUAGUUAAUUGUACAUACUUGUAAUUUACGAUUGUAUCUAGUUUAAGUCGAGGAGUAAGGAGAUGCGUGCGUGCGUGUAUGUAUGUAUGAAAGCGAGAGAGUAUACGCGUGCGGUGCGUGUGUGUCUGAAAGAUGAAGAAUGAACGCGUGAGAGAUUUUGUAUUCAGUGCGAAGCUUACGUGAUGGCUGUGUUUUACCACGCGGUCCGAUCUUCCAGGCAAAUUAAUCCUGGGCCGCGCAGAAACGUUCGGUAUCCCUUUAUAAUCUCUGUUCGAGUGUUCCCCCAUCCCUCUGAAACGAGGCCGUCGGUUGACAUUAUCGUAGAAAAUAGUAUUACAAAAUAAAAAAAAGAAAUAAAACAGAAAAAAAUACAAGUAAACGAAGUAGUAGACGUUCGGGCGGAGAAAUCCGAAAAAAAAUGUAAUUUAUCGAGUUAUAGUCGAGGACAAUCUUACUGCUCAGCAGCAGCAGGUUCUUCGAUCAGUUAGAUUAAUUAGUCAUAUAGUCUGUCGCAAUAAUCUGAAUCGUCCAUAAUUGUGCAGUUGUCCUUAACACACAGAACACCAAUUAUUAGAAAUGUCGCGUCGAAUACAUCUAAUAAUGACACCGUUUUUCUUUUUAAUCCAAGCAAAUCCGUAAGAACUAUCGACUGGCAUUUUUCAUUGUUCUCACGAUUCAUUUUAUAUUAUAUUAUAUAUAUAUAUAAUAUAUUUAAAGUAUAUUUUACACCGAGUACAAUUUUAAUAAUUUAUUCUUUACUUAGUGUAAAUAAGUUCUAUCUAGAAUUGAAAUACGUUUUUUUUUAUACGGUAGCAUAGUUUAUAAUACACUAAUCUACUUCGCUCUCGUCCUCCCCUUUGUGGUUUUUACGUUUUUACUUCGACACCUAGUAAUCUCAUUCCUCAUCGACUUAUGGGAACACGAAUUUUCACUGAAGGACAACUGCGCGAUUAGACAAUGCAUAAAAAGGGCUAUAUGAGUAACAGUCAAAAGUAAUCGUCCAUAUCGAUAUUCCGGAUGUGUUGUGCGUUAAAGAAAAUGUUUGUACUGGACCUCCGCCAGUGACCGAGGAAGGAUCUAUUUGUUCCCUACGAGGGAAACGCGACUUCUGCUUCCUUAUUCGCUGCGUAACAGAAAUAAACGUAACUUCUUCACUCGGAAUCCGGGAUACGGAAUUUCUCUGCGCGGACCGAUGUACUUUGACCCUAGAUUCAGUCAGUUAAAGCACCUUACAUCCACACUUAUGUACUUAGAAUACAUUUCAAGCGGAUAAAUUUGUAGCGAUUUUUCGAAAUCAAAAAUCCGGUGAAAAUGGUACAUUUUCCAGUGCGUUGUUCCAGUUAGAAAAUUCCGUAAACCUCGAUAUUACGCAGACGAGACGAACGUUUGAUUUUUUGCAUAAAAUUAAAUGCACAGUGAGACGCCGCAUAAAGUUGUCUAUUCAAUUAAGUCGAAUAGCUGUACGAGGGAUUAGUUUACUAAAUCAUGUACAAAAGGAAUGUCAAGAGAAUUGUUUUAGGUCAGACAUUCUCUUAACAUUAAAUUUACGUGUCAUUUAGUAAACCUUUUUAGAAUGAUGUACGAUUUUGUGCGGUUCUCCUUGUGUAUGAUCUAUCAGUUUAGUUCAUAAAUAUACUCGAUGCGUAAAAAGAAAAAGGAAAUGUGAUUUGGGAUAUACGAAUUUUGAUAACUGAGAAAAUAAUUUGUAUCAAAUUUACUAUUGUAUGAUAUGAAUUGUCAUUCGUUUACGUUGUAACGUGUAUUAUUUGUUGUACAAAUUAUCCUCUUCGCGGUACUGUGUCGGAUGCCUAAGAGGUUCCUGAGCUAACAACACGAUAGUUCUCACUUUUUCUAAACGAAGUGUUUCUUUCAAACGAUUGGUAAAGUUAAGAACCAUAGCACUCUGUAUUCGUAGGACGUUGUACUACUCUAUGAGAAUUUUGUACGACCUUUUAUACGAAUUUGUACAACUAAGGUAAAACAAAGCAAAGAUGAAGGGAAACCGUUUGAACGUUCUCAAAUAAUUUGUGACUAUCCGGUCACUUUUAAAUCUUGUUACUAUUUAUCGGCUUUAAGAACGAUUUGAUUUAAUUGAAUUAUCUUCGUUAAACUGAAAAUGUAAUCUAUGAUAUCGUGCGGACGCGAAAUGUUUUAUAUUGUUUUAGAUUUUUUUUUAGUUUUAACUAUAUUAAUUCCGAAUAACAGCUGGUAACUUUUUAUGUUGAUCUACGUACCAAGAGGUUUUGGUCUACGUGAUUAUAAAUGAGAAUCAAAGAUUAGACAAUGACAGUGCAAUAACUGAAAAAUUCAACUACCAAUGAACUUUGUGUUACGGAAAUAUUAUCUGAGUUUCAGCUCAAGAAUCUCUUCGAUUAUCAUAAGCAAUGUAAUGCGAUAAUUUUAUUUUAUAAUUUGUAUCCAAAUAUUAUUUAGAUCAUUCUGUAAUUCAGACAGAGAGAAUAUUCGGUGUGCAUACAAUUGUUAUGUAUGCGAUUAAUUUUUAUGUGAAGUAUGAAAGGUCAGCAGACGAAUCAGUAAAACGAGGAACGCAGUUUUAAUAAAUUUAUUAAUACUACUUGAGCGAUUAGAAAAAGUUUCAUUGCCAUUUUAAUCAUAUAUAAAUAUUAUCGAGCUAACUGAUUCUAGGGUCGAGAUGUUAAUAUUAAAUUAGAAUCCUGAAUUCUGAGAGGAGAAAUAACGCGUUUCACGCCCUGGAAGCCGGAAUAAAAUAAUUUCGUCGGCGAUAAGCGGAGCCUUAGCGGAGCCUAUUAUAUAUUGUACAGAGAAAAGAAGAAGAGCCAAGCGGAAUCGUUUCUUACUUACGCUAAACAUAGCAAG